CGGAGGAGGCGGCGGAGGCCGAGGCGGCGGAGCCGGUGUGGCUUUAAAGUGUGGAGCAAGAUACUUUUCGUGGUGCAUGGAAGGAAAGCCAAUGCGCAGGUGUACCAACAUUCGACCAGGAGAGACUGGAAUGGAUGUAACAAGCCGCUGCACCCUUGGAGACCCCAACAAACUGCCAGAAGGGGUUCCGCAACCUGCCCGCAUGCCCUACAUCUCAGACAAGCACCCUCGGCAAACCUUGGAAGUGAUUAACCUUCUGAGAAAGCAUCGGGAGCUAUGUGAUGUGGUGUUGGUUGUGGGUGCUAAGAAGAUCUAUGCCCAUCGAGUCAUCUUGUCAGCCUGUAGCCCCUACUUCCGAGCUAUGUUUACUGGAGAGCUGGCAGAAAGCCGUCAGACAGAGGUAGUAAUCCGAGACAUAGAUGAAAGGGCUAUGGAACUACUGAUUGACUUUGCAUAUACCUCCCAGAUAACUGUAGAAGAAGGCAAUGUUCAGACCCUUUUACCAGCGGCUUGCCUUCUCCAACUGGCAGAAAUACAGGAAGCCUGUUGUGAGUUUCUAAAGAGACAGUUAGAUCCUUCUAACUGCCUGGGCAUUCGGGCUUUUGCUGACACACAUUCUUGCCGUGAAUUACUAAGGAUAGCAGAUAAGUUCACUCAACAUAACUUUCAAGAGGUGAUGGAGAGUGAAGAGUUCAUGUUACUCCCAGCCAAUCAACUCAUUGAUAUUAUAUCUAGUGAUGAGCUCAAUGUUCGCAGUGAAGAACAAGUGUUCAAUGCAGUGAUGGCCUGGGUCAAAUACAGUAUUCAAGAAAGACGUCCACAGCUACCCCAGGUGCUGCAGCAUGUUCGUUUGCCUUUGCUUAGUCCUAAGUUCCUGGUGGGCACAGUAGGCUCAGAUCCCCUCAUUAAAAGUGAUGAAGAGUGCAGAGACUUGGUAGAUGAGGCUAAAAACUACCUCCUAUUGCCUCAAGAGCGACCAUUAAUGCAGGGACCUCGGACGAGACCUCGGAAACCUAUCCGGUGUGGAGAAGUACUCUUUGCAGUUGGUGGUUGGUGUAGUGGAGAUGCCAUUUCCAGUGUUGAAAGAUAUGAUCCACAGACCAACGAAUGGCGAAUGGUAGCUUCAAUGAGCAAAAGGCGAUGUGGAGUUGGCGUCAGUGUUCUUGAUGACCUAUUAUAUGCAGUAGGAGGCCACGAUGGAUCCUCUUAUCUCAAUAGUGUUGAAAGAUAUGACCCCAAAACAAACCAAUGGAGUAGCGAUGUGGCCCCAACCAGCACUUGCAGGACAAGUGUUGGUGUGGCAGUACUUGGAGGCUUUCUCUAUGCUGUGGGUGGCCAGGAUGGUGUGUCUUGCCUCAACAUUGUUGAGAGGUAUGACCCAAAGGAGAACAAGUGGACUCGGGUGGCCUCUAUGAGCACUAGAAGACUAGGUGUGGCUGUGGCUGUAUUGGGAGGGUUCUUAUAUGCUGUAGGUGGCUCUGAUGGGACAUCUCCACUCAAUACAGUGGAGCGCUACAAUCCUCAGGAAAACAGAUGGCACACCAUAGCCCCUAUGGGGACUCGGAGGAAGCACCUCGGCUGUGCCGUGUAUCAGGACAUGAUCUAUGCCGUAGGAGGGAGAGAUGACACUACAGAGCUUAGCAGCGCAGAGAGAUACAACCCCAGAACUAACCAGUGGUCUCCGGUGGUGGCCAUGACAUCACGCCGUAGUGGAGUUGGCCUGGCCGUGGUCAAUGGACAGCUCAUGGCAGUAGGAGGAUUCGAUGGCACAACAUACUUGAAGACCAUUGAGGUUUUCGAUCCUGAUGCCAAUACAUGGAGGUUAUAUGGAGGCAUGAAUUACCGUCGGCUGGGAGGUGGUGUAGGAGUCAUUAAAAUGACACAUUGUGAAUCCCACAUAUGGUGAGCA